AGAGAAUGAGUGAAGCGAUCGUCUCGUGCGUCAAAAUUAGUAUAUUACUGCUUUUUCUACCAACUGUCAGCACUAUAGAAGAUAGUAAACAUUGGCAUCGCCUUGCUGAAGAAGAACUUACAGAGUCUCUAUCUUACAAAUGGAAUACAAAUAUUGCAAAAAAUGUGAUAAUAUUCGUGGGAGAUGGUAUGAGUCCAGAUACCAUAACAGCUAGCAGGAUUUUUAAGAAUGGCGAAACCAGCUAUCUUUCAUGGGAAAAGUUUCCCCAUAUUGGUCUACUUAAGACCUACAACACAAAUAAACAAGUCCCAGAUUCUGCAUCAACAGCGACAGCAAUUUUUGGUGGUGUUAAAACGAACUUUAAGGUGGUUGGGGUGGAUAUGAAUGUACCCUUAGCUGAUUGUGAAGCGAGCUUGAAUACCGACUUUCAUGUUCAAUCAAUAAUCAGUUGGGCUCAAGAAGUCGGUAAAUCUACAGGAUUUGUUACCACUACUAGAGUAACGCAUGCAACUCCAGCUCCUCUAUAUGCACAUUGUCCAGAUAGGAGAUGGGAAUGCGAAGCUAAAAAACCUGCAAAUGCAGAAAAAUGUAAAGACAUUGCAAGGCAAUUAAUAGAAAAUGAACCUGGAAAAAGUAUUAAGGUGAUCAUGGGUGGAGGAAGACAAAUGUUACAAUCUUUACUGAAUGGCACAGCUUCGGAUCCAAUAGAUAAAUGGGCAUGUCGUAGCAAAGAUGGUAGAGAUCUCAUUGAAAAAUGGAGACAAGAUAAAAAAUCUAGGAAAAUCUCUUUCGAGGUUGUUCAAAAUAAUGAAGAACUUUCUAAAGUCGAUUAUGAAAAGACUGAAUUUUUGUUUGGGAUAUUUGCAAAUGGACACAUUGCAAUGGAUUGGCAGCGUGAUAAGAGUCCGAAAGGACAACCAAGUUUAGAAGAAAUGACAGCUGCAGCCAUAAAGAUUUUAGAUAAAUCUGAUAAAGGUUAUCUCCUCGUGGUUAGUGGCACUCUGACCGCAAAUUCUGAACAUUUGCUUUUAUUUCGUGAAACUGAAAGGUCUUCAGCUUAUAAAUGGAUGAAGAUACAGAAUGGCGCAAAUGGAUUCUACACGUUUACUAUUACGUUUGAAAGAUUUUCUCCAAAUUCGCGUGUGCAGUUGCUGUACUAUAUAUUAAACUUCCUCAAGGUAGAAGGUGGUCUUAUCGACUUUGCCCAUCACAGAGGUCAUGCUGCUCAAGCUUUGUUGGAAACUGUCAGGUUCUCAGAGGCCAUAAAUGCUACUCUGAAAUUAGUUAAUACCGAAGAGACUUUGGUCAUAGUAACGAGCGAUCAUACGCAUUCAAUGGCUUUCAAUGGAUACAGUGAACGAGGCUCGUCCAUUCUUGGUGUUGCUCAAAAGUCAAAAUUCGACAAAAUAAGUUACACAACACUAACUUACAAUACUGGCGGGCCAAACAAUAUUGCAUAUAAAGUAAGAAAUGGAGAAGCAGUCAGAAUGGAUCCCUCAUUGAAUGACACGACUCAUUACAAUUAUAGUCAACAAGCAGCGAUAAUUUCAGAUGAGGCUUAUCAUGGAGGAGGCGACGUCGCAGUCUAUGCAAUAGGGCCUCAAGCACAUCUUUUUCACUCUACACAUGAACAGAACUUCGUGGCACACGUGAUAGCAUAUGCUGCAAAAAUUGGUCCUUACAAAAAAGUCGACCAUCGCAAAAAAAGUGGUGCCAACCAACAAUGGAUCACUCAUUCCAGUGUGAUUAUUUCAAUUAUUAUGAUCGUCCUUUUUAAAAUCUACCACUGAAGGGAUUUCGACUUUUUUUAUAGAGUAUUAGAGAUGACACAAUUUUACCGAAAAAAAAGCAAAUUCACGAAUAUUCUGAAAGUAAAACUUUAGACGCAAAUUCCGGGCUUUAAAGUUUCGUCAAUUUCUCUUGGUUUUUUAACUUUUACAUCCCGAACAUUUCAAUUUCGUUAGUUUUUUUCGGACAUUUGAAAUUUCCUAUUUUUUUCGGUAUUCUUCAACAAUCAAGAUCUUUUUUGUCGGCAAAAUGAUGCCAUCGCAGUAUAAGAAAUUAUUUCGACACCGAGAAUUGAAAAUCAGAAGAGAGACAUACUUUAUACGUAGAACAUUUAAUCUCAAAAUCAAUUCUUUAAAAAAAAAAUGAAAGAUAAUUUACUGCAACAGUCUGAUUUUCACGGAAAACAGAACGAUAACUGCGCACA